AUGGCGGCACACUACCCAGCCUCGUCGCCCACAUUCCCCGGCUCGCCUUCGACGGCACAGCACCCAAUGUUUGCUGCCACGCCGUCCGGCGCCCACCCACACGGGUCGCCAUUCACCCCAGGCUUCCCCUCGCGCACGCCCACACCGCCGCUCUCGUCACAACGCAAGCGCCGCGCAGGCAGCCCCCCCUCCGAAGGUCAGGCUGGCCCGUCCAACUGGGCCUCGGCGUCCGCCGCGAGCAGCCCGGGGCUGCACGACUCGAAGCGACGGAGGCCAAACCUCGCCAACGGCUUCUCGGCCAUGUCCAUCUCCCAGCAGGCGACACCUUCCCCAUCACCUCUGCCCCGCGGACCAGUUCAGCAAAACCAAAGCGACGCAGACGACGACGAGCUGCUGGAGCCUACCUUGCCCCCCGUCGACGGUGACGUUGCUGUCGAGGUGUUGCCCGACGGGUCGCCCACGUCGUCGCGCCACGCGAGGUUGAACCGUCCACCGUGGCACCGCACAGCUUCAUACUCUUCGACCUCCCCAAGCGAAGAGGACUAUGAUUCGGACGCGACGUUUCGCCUUCCGCACGAAAAGGCGCGUCGACGCACCGCGACGCCGAUGCAGCCGAGCGAGGUCGAGCACCCCAUUGAGACGAUUGCCCUGCGUGGGCAUUCUCGGCAGGGAAGUGCCGCCCACGGUCCGAAAGUCGAGUACUUUGACACGCCGAUUAAACGUAAGAAGCGGAGCAACGAGGAUGAGCCAAAGCCAAAGCGAAGAAAAGAGGGAAUGGACGUUGAUCUGGACCAUCUCCCGCCAGAGUCGUACGGCCCAGGAUGGUACGAGCCAGAGAAGGACCGAAUCGUCGUCACGUCGCUCUCGAGUCCCGAGUCAUCGCCCCCACCGCCCAGCCGUCGGGGGUCCUCGCCAUCGCCCAAGCGUGACUCGCCGCCCAAGGAGAGCUACUACGACUACGAGACGAACAAGCACCUGUCGCAGCCUGGCACAAGCGGCUUCACCAUCUCGCCGUCGCUGCUCACCCACAUUAUCAACGCGCAGCGCGACCAGAUUGUGGGCGGCGGGUUCCAGGACUCGCCGUCGCAGGAGCGCGGGCUCGUGCUCUACCGGCCAUUGGGCAUCCCAGCAGCCGAGGACGUGGUCAAGGAGUGGUCGGCUCGCGGGCGGCGUGGCAGCAGCAGCUCACGGCAGAAGCCGCCGCACCAGUUCCCCGACCCCGACGCCCACAGAUUUGAGGAGGUCGAUGACGACGAGGACCUCAUGUCGUCUGAGCAGCCCGUCGUCGGAGUGCCGGUCGACGAUGACGCCGGUAUGGACGUCGAGGGCAGUGGAGGGUUCGGAUACCAGCCGUACCCACAAGCCUACCCCCAGGCUGAUUCGCCCUGGGGCCAUGGUGACGACGACGACAUGGACAUGGAUUAG